AUUCUCAGAGAUCCUGGACGUUGUUAUCUGGAGACUUUGAGUUGAACUUCUUUGUUAUUUUGGAGAAGUUUGGAGACAUUUCCCCUCUCAUUUCCCCUCAUUCUUCAGUCAUGAUAUUUAGGUUGGGAGUAUCAGACUGAGAUGUAACAAGCAAUGAUCACACUGAUAGUAAAUGACACUAACACGUUUAUUUUCAGAUCAGGAAACAAAAUGGUAAAGUGAAUCUGAUUCAGCCAAAGUGCACAUUGGCUUGAUGCCUGAAAUACUGACGUUUCAUUUUAUGACUGUGCUUAUAAAUAAACAUGAAGGAGGAAACGGAUCUGGAGAAAUACUGGAAAUUAGAGGUGUGGCAACACCAGGGGAAGAGGAUUGAACUGAUUCACCAAAGUGAAACCUUUUCAGAACAUCAGCAGAGCUGCAGACCAGACAAACUUUCUCAGCAACUGAAUCAAAUAGUGGAGCUGCGAUGAAGAAAGAAGACAUCUUGAACACUUUGAAAAAAUUGGGUCAGAAAGAGUUUGAUGAACUCAAGUGGUUCCUGGAGCAACCUGAGACUCUUCCUGAACUCCCAGCAAUCAGUAAACAACACCUGGAAGGAGCAAAUGUUCUCAGGGUGGUGGACCUGAUGGUGCAGACAUACACACUUGAUCGGUGCAGGGAGGUGUUCUUCACAAUUUUAAAGAAAAUUAACAGAAAUGAUCUGCGGCUCGGAUUAUUAAAAGAUUGGAUGAGGAAGACGGAGGCUGAAGUUCAGGAGAUGAUCCAGGAGAGACGACUGAAGAUCCAGGAGAUCAGAGAGUCGGUGAAGAUCAGUAAAGAUGCUGCAGACAGAGAGAAAGCAGAAGGUGUUCAGGUCUUCAGGGCUCUGAUAGAGUCUGCUGAGAGAGGCCUGAAGGAGCUCCUCAAGGAGAUCCAAGACAAACAGGAAACUACAGAGAAACAGGCUGAAGACUUCAUCAGAGAUCUGGAACAGGAGAUCUCUGAGCUGAAGAAGAGGAGCUCUGAGGUGAAGCAGCUCUCACAGGAUGAAGAUCACCUCCACCUCCUCCAGAGCUUCUCCUCCCUGAAAGAUGCUCCACCCACCAAGACCUGGACAGAGGUCAGAGUUCAUCCACCAUCAUAUGAGGAGACUGUGGUGAAAGCUCUGGCUCUGUUUGAGCAGAACAAGGAGAAGAUAUUGGAGCUGAAGAGGAUCCAGCAGUUUGCAGUGGAUGUGACUCUGGAUCCUGAUACAGCUCAUCCUAACCUCAUCCUGUCUGAUGAUGGAAAACAGGUGAAACUUGGAGAUGAGAGGAAGAAUCUUCCAGACAAUCCAGAGAGAUUUUCUUAUUGUGUUAAUGUUUUAGGACAGCAGAGUUUCUCUUCAGGCAGAUUUUACUUUGAGGUUCAGGUUAAAGGAAAGACUAACUGGGAUUUAGGAGUGGCCAGAGAAUCCAUCAACAGGAAGGGAAAAAUCAACCUGAAUCCUCAGAACGGUUUCUGGACUGUUGUGUUGAGAAAUGGAAAUGAGUACUUGGCUUUUGCUGACUCUUCAGUCCGUCUCCAUCUCCAUCCUGGUCCUCAGAAGGUGGGGGUGUUUGUGGAUUAUCAGGAGGGUCUGGUCUCCUUUUAUGAUGUAGAUGCUGCAGCUCUGAUCUACUCCUUUACUGGCUGCUGCUUCAAGGAGAAACUCUACCCAUACUUCAGUCCUUUUCUUAAUCAAGGUGGUACAAACUCUGCUCCUCUGAUCAUCUGUCCUGUUAAUCAGGCUGGUUGUUGAUCUGAUGAAGCUCCAUAAGGAAUGAACCUGUGUGUCUGUAGGUGAAGUCCUAGUGGUGGGGAGGUGAGCUGGAAACAGUCUGAGGUGUAAAGAAAAAUGAUUAUUUAAAAUGCUUCAAACAGUUAAUCUUAUGUCAUGUGUAAAAGGUAUCUUGAACAUUCUAUGUUGUAUAAAUUUCUUAGUUUUAAACAGAUAUUGUGUGAAGAAUUUACAGUUAAAUUAUCCAACAGGGUAAAUAUCAAAGGUCAGGAACUAGAUGCAUAUUAAAUGAGAUCUUUUAGGAUUGUUAUCAGGGAUCAGAAGCCAUAAAAUUAGCAUCUAGUGCAGGACAGAAGCCUGUAUGGUUCACAGAACAUCAAAAGUUUUUUAACCACAUCUGGUAGGGUUUAAACUAAAAUACAACAUAGAAUGUUGAGAUCAUUAACAUUUUUCUAAGUAUUAAUAGCAAGUUUUUAAUUAAAGUGCAUUAUCUAAGUUUAGAAUGGUGAAUGCUGAAUGUAUUUGAUAAUUGUACUGUCUAUGAUAAUAUCUGAAUCAAAUGGAAAUUGUUUCAAUGAAAAUGUGUUGUUUAGUAUUAGAAAAUUGUUUGAAUGUUAUGUUUUAUAGGUUAGAAAAUGAAUUGUACCUCAUUUUGUGCUGUUGAUUUUAUGUGACAAGACAAAGAUUUAAAUCUUUGGAGAUGCUGAAUGCAGCAGACCAGAACUUAGUGAAGGUAAUCUUUCCUUAAACUAAAUUACUGGAUUUGGCUUUGUUCUGAGAAUGCUUGUAAGGACAAGAUAACCCUCUGUGAAAUCUUAUUGUAUGGUUUUAUUUGUCCAGAUGCCCCCAGAGCCCAGGAAAAUCAGGAAGCAGCUGCUUGCUCUUUUGUCUUACAGGAGACCAAAAGGGCCUUUGAUCUCAGCUUGAAAUUAGGGGAAAUUCUAAGUUUUAUUGGCGUCCAAGGUAGCGUCUGAUUGGUCAUACAGAGCUACGCCUUAAUUGAAUACAUUAAAAAGUUAGGAAACACCUCCACUAUAAAAGUUCGUGCACAGUAAUAAUAAAUCAGAAAGCUGCCCUGUUUUGCUUUUUGCAUCAGCCUUCUCCAAAGACGCGUCUUUGCCUUUUUAUUUUUUGUCUGUCUCAGGUAGAGUCUGUAUCUUGGCUGCUUUGCAGCGUUUGUUGUUACUUCAUUGUGGUUUUUUAUUGGAUUAAACGCUGUAACUC